AAGCAGUUCCAGGAACACGACAUUGGUGCAGCAACCAAGGAAAACGCAUAAUAUCGCAAUGAUAGCAGCCGCCUGCAUCGUGCCGUUCUCGAGAUCUGUUUUUUUCUCCUUUUAUCAAUCACACACAAUUCUAGAGCCCACGGGCUGUAUAUCAGCAAACACGAUUCACCAUUCGAAGGCAAUCCAUCGGCACACUGCGUUGGAUGACAGACACAAACGUCAACGCUUCACUUAACAGAUAACGUAAUGAAUGGUGCACUUAUAUCACGGCUUGAAUUAUGUAUACUAUGGUUUGCAAUAUAGUAAAACUUGCGGAAUAAAUAGAAUCCCUCCUCUCUCUCCUCUGCUUCCCGCCUGUAUCUAUCUGUCAUCCGCUAUUCUGAAUCAGCUGUUUCUCUAAACUGCACUUCCCAUUAUUUGCACCUGUCGUUGGUAACCACGUGUUUAGAAACGUCAAAAACGUUAAAUGUCAGAUGUCAUAGAAGAUAGACGAAGUCUAUUUUGCGAGGAGAGAAUUUGCGUUAGAGUAUCAAUAAAUUCAGAUUCAGAUUACUAAAAUCAUAAGGUCGUGAGGAAGAGAGAAUGAUGCAAAACUGUUUUCCUUUUUGAAUAAUUUUGUACGUUUGUUGGAAAUUAAGAACGAAGAAGUGAUUCGAAAAGCCUCUAAUUCCCUAAAUAAGUCAAUUUUGGAUAUAUAUUGGACAAUUGUAAGAUUGCACGACUUCACAAGUUAAUAAGGGGAAUUUUUUUGCCAAAUAAAUAUUGCCAGCAUAAUAAUGUUGAAUUUUUUAAUGUAUACCAUGGAAUAUCGACUCGAAAAGUUGCGCCAAUCUGAAGAAAUAGAAAGAAAUAGAGAAGCAAAUACAAGCAAGAAUGCUGAAAGUAUCAAUAUUAGUAAAACAUUUCUAAAAAUUCUAAAAUCAUCAUUUGAAGUAAAAAUUCUAUAUGGAGAUAAGAACAGCUUUAAAAGGGGGAAGAAAAUUAAGAGUGCGAUAGAAGUCAAGAUGAAAAAUUUAUUUCAAAAUGUAACUACUUCAACAGAAACAGGAUUUGAUGAUAUUAUAGCUCUUGCGGUAGCUUAUUAUAACUUGGGUGAGUUACAUUUAGAAGAUAUUAAAUUAGAAGUUGCUGAAGAUAAUUUUAUGAGAUGUAUAGAAUUGUUGAAUGGAAAAGAAUUGGAUUGUAAAGCUAUUUUGACAGCUAUACGGGUGCAUCUCCAGCUAUAUUAUGUUUGGAUAAAAAUAAAGAAGUUGGAGAAGUGUUUUCCAUUGUUAGAUAAAGCAAUGGAAUUAUAUUUAAAUUAUACAAAAGAGGAUGAAGAUGAAUAUCCAUAUCCUAUCGAAAUAGCAACUGUUUUGCAUAUUCAAAAUAUAACACUAAACUCCAAAAUAGUUCUGGCUGACCUUCAUACAAUAACUUUAAAAUUAUUAAUGGAGCAGUAUAAACUUAAACCUAUAGAUAAACAUAAAUUUGUAAUAUAUGUACAUAAUUUAUUAAACAAAGAAUUGAUUGAAGGAUUAAAGACAGAUAGCACAAUAUCUAUAUUUUGGGCAAACACCGCAGCUGAUUUAUGCCUUUACUUUGUUCAUCAUGAUCUCUUUAUUGAAGCCAGAGAUCAUCUUGGCGCUGCAGAUUGUAUGAUGGAGAUAUAUUUUAAUACGAUGUGCGAAAAACAAAAUACAAGUAAUUUAAGAGCUGAGAUAAAUGAUUAUGAACUAUUCUGUGCAAAUAUUGCUAUACUCUGGGGAAAGUAUGGAGUUUUUCUUUUGCGUUCAUCAAUCGAAAAUUUACCACAAUAUGAUAAAUCUUGCGAAGCGAAUAACAUAAAAUUAAAAUCUCUUGCAAAAUCUAAGGAGGAAUUAACGAAAUCCUUAACAUUUAUUGACUUAAAAAAAAAUUUAGAACACAUCGAGAUACCAGCUACAUAUGUGUCAAAUCUCAAUGAUGCCAAAAGAAUUUUUUCGCAUAUUUUAAAAACGUUUAAUUUAGCUAAAAAAUAUUAUACUGUAGACAAGAAUAUUUUCUGUUAUAUGGAUAUAAUACUACAUAUUUCAGCAGCAUAUGAAUAUUAUGCAUAUUUUGUAGAUGACGAUAUAAAUAAAUUAAAACUAAUUAAACAAUGUAUAAAAAUCUUAGAAAAUGCUGUUAGUAAUGUAGUUAUAAAAUGUAAAACACUUGAAGAAUAUCAACUUGUCAAAAAAUUUUAUUUUAAACUAGCUAUUUGUUAUUCUACGCUCUUGAAUAUGACAUCUGAGAAAUUCAAUGACAUUGAAGAAAUUACUGAUGAGAUGAGAAUGGAAACUAAGCAAUUAGUGAAAAAUAUCGUUGACAAUUUUACAUUAUAUUUAAAAAGUACUUAAAAUUUUAGCUCUUAUUUCUGUAUAUUUAAUUUUAGAUUUUUUUUUAAAUUUUUAAUGCAUUCUAUUUGUAACAUUAUAUUGAAAAACAGUACAUGUAUUGUGCUUUUUUUACUGUACAAAUAUAAAAAAACAUGAUUCAUUAUGAACUAUACUGUGCAAAUAUAUAGCUAUACUCUGAGGAAAGUAUAGGCCAAAAGUCAUCUA